AUGACAACAACAACGUCACAAGCAGCCACAAACGGUUACGUCACUGUUCCAUCUUCAUUUGAUCCAUAUUUAUUUAAAAUGUUACGACACUGUCAUCCGUCUUCAAAAUCGUCGAUUCCUUAUUCGUCUUCACUCACUACAAACGAGUUGAUUUUACAACAUGCACUUGCACAGUCAUACUAUAAUCAUAGUCAUACUCACGCAUCAUCGGGAAAUUCGACGAUAAAUCACAAUUCAUCAAACUCGAACACUCUACCUCCGAAUGUUGCUGUAACAAAAUCUUCUUUAGAUUAUGUUUCACAUUAUCAAUCUCCGUUAGGUUCAAGAAAUAAUUCGUUAUCAUCAAAAUUAUGUUCAACAACGCCAAGUAUAAACUCAACAACUUCAACGAAUCCUAUGACAAAAACGACAACAACAAAUGGUAAUUGGGAAGAAUAUUGUACAAAAAGUUUAAAAAGUGGUGCAACAAAAGAGACGUGGGAUCAAUGGUUGCAACCUCCACUUGGUGCAGUAAUACAAGGACCAUCGUGUAUACAAGCAGAUAAAUCGGGAGAAAAAAGUGAUACAACACUAUGCGGUGAACGUAUUACGUGUUUUAUCGUUGGCGGUGAAAAACGACUAUGUUUACCAGAAAUAUUGAAUACAGUGUUAAAAGAUUUUUCACUCCAAGAAAUUAAUUCAGCUUGUGAAAAACUCCAUAUAUAUUGUUCACGAUGCACAAAUGAUCAGUUAGAUGUAUUGAAAAUUACUCAAGUUUUGCCAUUUAAUGCACCAUCCUGCGGGCUUAUAACACAAACAGAUGCCGAGAGAUUAUGUGCAAUAUUGUUACAACAAAGAUUCAAAGGACACUUAUGGUCAAAUCAAUUUGAAAGAUUGUAUUCGAUUAAAGUUCAGCAUAAAUGUUUUGGUAAAUGUUGUGGUCUAUUGUAUCCGACAUUGUAUGUUAGUCCACAUGCUGAAUGCAUACAAUGUGACACAUGUCAAGCGUUAUUUUCUCCCAAAACAUUCGUUUCACAUGGUCAUAAAUCCGAGGAGAAUCGUAUAUGUCAUUGGGGUUUUAAUUCGGAUAACUGGCGAUCCUAUUUGAAAAUUCGAUCGAUAGAAGAUAAUAAAGCCCGAGAAGAAUUAGAAUUAUUCAAAGAAAAAUUUAGCAAAAAAAGGCCACCAUCGGCAUGUUCAACUCCGACAAAUCCAAUUGAAAAACGUUUUAAGUUAUUGCCAGACUGGUCUGGAAAUGCAUCAGCAACAGUUUCAAAUGCAUCAGUGUUAUUCGGUCAUAAUCUAUUUAAAAAAGGACUCGACAACAGUAAUCAAAGUAAAUUAGAAGAAUAUCCGCCGUUUGGAUUGCCUCGACCGGCAAUAAUUCCUUCCUCAAAUGUACAUAAUGAUCUUAUUGUCCGAACAACGUUGAAUAACGAUGUGAACAGAAUCCGCAAUGAAAAACUAAAAGAUAUUGAACUAUCUCCAGUAUCUACUUCAACUAAAGAAUAUCCAUUAAAAAUUAUUCGAUCCAUAUCACCUGAUCCAAUAUGUUCAUCAGCCGCAUCGAUAACAACGACAAAUGCUGCCUCAUUUAAUGACUUUAGUUUGGAAGGUAUUAAACAAGUCGUUGAGGCAACAGUUUCUACUCAACGUAGUCGUACUCAAUUAAUUAAUUAUAUAUCACAAUUACAUUUGACAUUACAAGCUAAAUUAGCAACUGCAUUACAAUCACAAGUCGAAUUACAUGAGCGUCAAAAUUCAUUGCAACAUGAGAAUGAUAAUUUACGGAUAAAAAUUCAAAAACUUGAUCAAGAAAAUUUUUCAUUAAAACAUCGUAUGGAACAACUUCUUACAUUAUCAUCGCCAUCAAAACGAGUUCAUCAUGAUCCGUCCGUUGAUUUAUAUACGACACUAGCAAAAAAGUUAUCAAAUCAUACAGGAAAACGUCAUCAUCAUUAUACUAGUAAAACAAAUUCUCCACACAUUAAAGAUACGACAACGUCCUCAUCAACAACAUCAGGAGGAUCGAAAUAUUAUUCAUCAUCUCACAGUUCAAAUUCAAAUCCAAGCUCACCUAUAGCGGCAGCCACCUAUCCAUCAUUAUCAUCACGUUUGGGAUUACUAUUGGGAACAACAAACGGUCAUAAUAGACAUGAAAAUCACCAGGAUGAUAGCGAUUCAAGAAGUUCGAGUCCAAAUUCAUCAUCAUAUUCACCUCCUCAAGAACAGGAACAACAACCACAACAUUAUAAGAAGCGUUUUUGUUGUACGGAAACAUUACAAGUAGUUGAAACAAGCUCACCACCUCUUACAUUGUUACCACCGCCAUCAUCACAACCACAAGAAGAACAGGAUCAUCUUCUUAAAGAAAAGGAAACAAAAAAACAGCAUAAAAAAUUAGAUGAUAUUGUUGAUUCGUUAAAAGAACAACAAAAAAAACAGUUGGAAGAAGAUCAAGAUAGUCAUGAAAAUGUCGAUGAUGAUGAUUUAGAACAAAGAAAUCAAGAAUUAUUUAUCGAAGAAAGUCAAAAAGACAUUGAAAAUGAUGAAAACGAGGAUGAAAUAGAAAUCAACGUUGAUGAUGAUAUUGUUGUUGCGAAAAAAACAGAGCAAGAUACUAUCACUACAACAGAAUAA